GGUACCAUGCCCAUCGUCCAACAGACAGAAGAUGUGUUACCUCAGGGUCUGCCUGAUGAAUAUGCCUUUGUGACCACAUUUAAGUUCAGGAAGACCUCUCGUAAAGAAGACUGGUACCUGUGGCAGGUCUAUGACAAAUACGGCAUCCCGCAGGUCUCCAUCCGUCUGGACGGGGAGAACAAAGCGGUGGAGUACAACGCUGUGGGCCUGACAAAGGACGCGGUCCGGGCUGUCUUUAAGAACCCAGAGGUGGAAGAUCUGUUUGACCGUAACUGGCAUAAGAUCGGCAUGAGGGUGGACUCCAAGUCAGUGUCCCUGUUCCUGGACUGCAAGCACAUUGAGACGCUACCCAUAGAGGAAAGAGAAGACAUCGACAUCCAGGGAAAGACUGUCAUCGGCAAGAGAAUCUAUGACAGCGUUCCCAUUGAUUUUGACCUCCAGAGGAUGUUGAUCUACUGUGAUGGUAAACAGUCUGAGCAAGAGACGUGUUGCGAUAUUCCUGGUGGCCCAUGUGAACAAUCUCUGGUGACUGAAGCCCCUCCACUCCCGCUGCCCACCCCAAAACCAACAAGUGCUGAGCAGAAGAAACCAGCCGUCGUCAACUGCUCCUGUCCUGCAGGGGAAAGGGUAAGACCUUCCAGGUCAAAGGUCACACUCUCUAAAGCCGGUGAACCCCCAUGUUUAACAUGCAAAAAAUUUAAUAUCAGCCUUAUGAUAAAGGAAUCAAAGUUAUUUACAGUAUAUGAGCAAGAAAAGUUUGACCUCCAGAGGAUGUUGAUCUACUGUGAUGGUAAACAGUCUGAGCAAGAGACGUGUUGCGAUAUUCCUGGUGGCCCAUGUGAACAAUCUCUGGUGACUGAAGCCCCUCCACUCCCGCUGCCCACCCCAAAACCAACAAGUGCUGAGCAGAAGAAACCAGCCGUCGUCAACUGCUCCUGUCCUGCAGGGGAAAGGGGUGAGACAGGGCUACCGGGUGCCACGGGGCCCAGGGGUGAAAAGGGGGAUCCUGGUCUUAAAGGGGCAGAAGGACCACCAGGAUCCAAAGGGCAGAAAGGAGAACGUGGUCAGGCAAUCUCUAUGAAAGGUGAUAGAGGAGAGAAGGUAAGGUCAUGAAUUUAACAGCCAAACUCCUCAAGAUAGACAAAAUAAUGAAUGUGUAGUCUAUAUGUGUGUUUGUUUGUGCACGUGUGUAUUCUGUCAUUUUGUGCGAGCCAGAACCCAGUUCAUCAAAAACUUCAUUCUUCCUUUGAGUCCAAAGUCUAGGAUUACAAAAGAACAUAGCAGAAAAGAAAAACUGUGGAAACUGCCAUUCUUUUGAGGAUGAAAACAAUAAAAAUACCUUAUUUUGAAAUGCAGAAUUAUGGGUCUUCCAACCUCACAGGAUAUGCAAAACAAGAAGCUGCGCACCGAACACCCACUCAUAGCGCUUAAAACAGACAUCCUCCACUGCUCAGCAGAGAGACGUCCAGUCUCCAGGGCAUA